CCGACAUGACGCCUUUUACUUGACAAACUCAUACGUCAGUAAAAGUAAUUGCACACUAGUUUCGAAGUUGCGCCUAAUCAAGGCCGAUUCAUAGAUAUAAGCACGAAUUCUAAUCUAGCCUGAAUUUCUAGUACUGUCAUAGACUCCUAGUCAAUCAUAAUCAAUAGCUCGCCUCAACCAACACCCAUUCUAAUAUCAUCUCAGGCUCCGCAUACCACCAUGUCUAAUCUUCUUCAGCCCGUUCUUGUCGGAAACAAACUCCAUCUAUCUAAUCGCGUAGUUAUGGGCUCUAUGACACGCAACCGCUGCGUGGACGACUGCAAGCCAGGCAGUGAACAAAUUCAGCACUACACAGAACGAGCAAAACAUGGCGCAGGACUAAUUGUCGCAGAAGGCACUUUCAUCGACUGGCAAGGCUGUGAUUGGAAGUGGGCACCUCUCAUGAUCACCGAGGAUCAUGCGCAAGCAUGGAAGAAAGUGACAGCGGCUGUACAUACGCAGGGUGGGAAGAUUUACUUCCAGCCAUGGCAUCUUGGUCGCUGCCAAAAUGAACAAAUUCUUAUUAUGCAAGAAAAGCAUCAUCCGGUGGUUGCACCCUCCAAGAUCCCGGCUCGAGGGGGCAAAUACCGUGAUCUUCCUGGCAUUCCGGGGCAUACUCAUAACAUCACCGAAAUUGAAGAUCCGCGCGCCUUUGUCAACAUGUAUCGACGCUCUGCCAUCCUCGCUAAAAGGGCAGGUUUCGACGGUAUUGAGCUCUUAGCUCAAGGCGGAUAUCUUCCUCAACAGUUUCUCAACUCACGCGCGAAUACCCGCACCGAUGCGUAUGGCGGCUCGGUCGAGAACCGGUGUCGAUUCAUCCUGGAGGUGUCUGAUGUUCUGGCCGAAGUGUUCGGUUCCGAGUUCGUCUGUAUCAAAAUCUGUCCGACAGAUCAGACAAACGACUCUGUUGUGACUUAUGAAGAGAUGAAGGAUGUUUAUACCCACCUCAUCGAAGAACUCGUCAAAAGACGGAUUGGCAUCAUCAAUCUUUCGCGGCGCGGUGCAAAUCACGAUACCGGAACAGGAGAAUUCUUUGGGAACACCACACGGCCGGAUGGCUUCCCUUUACCACUGGGUUAUGAUCCGGUCAUCGACUUCGGACCUUUAGUCAAGUUCCCCGGAAGUCCUUCGAUGCUUAUGGCCAACUACGAUUAUACAGUCGACGAGGCGAAUCGUCUGGUAGGAGAAAGCAAGUUGGAUUUGAUCACGUUUGGCCGGCCCUUCAUUUACAACCCAGAUGUCAUCUUUCGAAUUCAACAUGGCAUUCCUUUUGCAGAAAACAAUCGAGGCAAUACUGUUCAUUACGGACCGUUUGAGGAACCAAAUCAAAACUAUAACGAUUGGCCCGUUGCUGCUGUUUAGACAGCUUUAUGUUCCUACAGGAUGUACUGGUAAUCCUGAUAGCUAUGAUCACAUGGUGGGAAAAUUUCACGAGUUGCGCAUAC